CAAUCACAUCGCCAACCUGCUCAAGAAGCAGUCUAUGCUUUACAAGCAGCUUCAUCCAGUAGUCUACAUCUCUGGACAAGUCAGAAGAGUCUAUAUUGUUUCUUUUAUAUUCGUCUUCCAUCGUCUCAAGCCUUUACACGUGUGUUCAGCAGCGGAGCAGGGCACGAAAAUGAUGACGAUGUCUGCAGCCUACAACCGUUUUCACGUCAAAUUCUUCUUCUCUGCCGUACAAGGCUGUCUAUUUACUACUUACUAGACGCUAUACAUCAUGGGAGCCCAAAGACGCGUAGUCAUCUUCUCCUCCCUGGCACUCGCCUUGUAUGGCUUUGAUCAAGGCAUGCUCUCUCUGGUCAACACCAACACAGACUACCUACAUACCAUGGGGCUCGCUAAAGAGUCACCCAUGGUCGGCGUGAUCGUCUCUGUCUACUAUCUUGCCGCAGCUGUAGGCGCUCUACUUGCUUCUAAAGUAGCAGACACGCGUGGUCGGAAAACAGCCAUCUACUGUUCCCUCAUCUUGACAACCCUCGGCAACCUCAUCAUGUUUACUGCUGGACUUGGACCAUUGGCGAAAGUCAGUCCAUUGGCUACUAUGAUUGUCGGUCGUGUCGUCUUGGGUCUUGGUAUUGGCGGCAUUGACGCCGUUAUUCCAGUCUACUCCAGCGAAUUGGCUGAAUCGGGCAGUCGUGGUAAAGCACUCGCACAAGAGUUCCAAGCCAACAUUGGCGGCCUGAACCUCGCUUUUGCGCUCAAUCUGGUACUCACGCAAACACUUGGCAAGACGAAUGAGUGGGCAUGGCGCGUCCCAAUUGUGUCGAUGCAAAUCUUUCCGUUGGCUCUUCUUUCCGUUUUGCACAAGCUUCCUGAAUCACCUAGAUAUCUCAUCUCCAACAGCGAGCACGAAGCAGCACGCGAAGCACUCGAAACAAUCUAUGGAGAAGAUGAGGCUGAGAGCAAGCUCAAGAGUCUACAAAAGUCUGCUGAUGAGGAAGGCGACGAGACAAUCGACUACAAGCAUAUGCUCAACCCAAAAGACGAUGCUUUUCAUCCAACAGUCAUCACCAUCAUGGGUCAAGUCAACCAAGCCCUCACUGGUAUUGGUGCUCUUUCAGUCUAUGGUCCGCAGCUCUUUGAGCUCUUGGGCAGGAGUACCCAAGUCGCAGAAUAUCUCACGAUGGGCAACUAUGUUCUCUACUUUGCUGCUAUGACACUUGCGUGGGUCUUGAUUGACAAGCUUGGCCGGAGACGGUUGCUGAUUUCUGGAGCGUUCACAAUGGCUGCCGGUUUCUUGUUGCUUACAGUGUUCGCAUACCUUGCAAAGAGAUACGACACACAGGCCUUGUUCUCUAUAUUAAAGCACAAGAAAUCUCAUUCUGGCAAGUCAGACAAUCAGGAAACGAUACAGACGGGAACCAGCAUCGCAGGCAUCAUCUUGCUCUACGCCAUCACAUCAACAUUCGGUAUCACCUCGCUCUGCCCCUGUUUCUUGAUUCCAUCAGAGAUCUUCCCCAUCACCGCACGCGCACAAGGGUCCGCCAUUUCUGUGGUCAUCUGGGGAAUCUCCAACUUUGCCGUGACACUCAUGACGCCCAUCUUGUUCAACACCAUCACCUAUGGCGUCUUUGCCGUCUUUGCAGCAACCAACCUCUUCUCUGCACUAUGGACGUGGUUGUACUUGCCUGAAUCGGGUGGUCGUAGCUUUGAAGAAAAUCAAGCGUUCUUCAAGACUGCGAGUGAUGAAGGUUCUUGGCGAGUCAAGCAGGUGGAUAAGCAGUUUCUAGGCAUGCCGCGUGAUGAUGAACAUCAGGGCGAACGGAGUCGUCUGCUUGGUCGUGGCAGAUAAUGGCACGCAUGAUGGAGCACACAAGGGGGACCGAGAGCUGUGUGAUCAUGAGGCGUGGCAGCUUUCAUGUAGAUCAGCAGACUGACUGGUAAUCGCCAAGGCUUGUACAUGUUUCGCUUUCUUCAAGCUCUUGGAUGCGCAUAUGAGCUUCUCGAGAUUCAGUAUGAAACAAUAUUUGUCAAUAAUCAACAGCUACUGCGGCUCGCAACUGUGCAAGAUGUCUUGAUACGGUCUAAUGAUACAAGUAGAAAAUGAAUAGACA